AUGCAUAAUAGUAAUCAACCAUUCUUUUUGCCAGGUCAAGCUAGGUAUGUGAAAACAACUAAUGUUUUGAGAAACCAGAGAGAAGAGCGCAAUCUUAUUUCUGAAAUAAAUCAAUUGGAUGAAAUACGUAUAACUACUCAUAUUUCUUCUGCAAAAUAUUCUGGCACCAAGACUUCAAUUGAAUACGACAAUGACGAAACUUUGGAAAUUAAGGAAGAAAUCAUCCAAGGUCAAGAUAGUUCUCUGAAAUCAACUUCAAGACCAAAUUGUAAUUUAAAAUAUGAAACGGAAUCGUGUACUUAUAUUUGGAGACACCAGAAAGAAGAGCACAGUCUUAUUUCCAAAAGAAAUAAAUUGGACGAAAGAUGUAUAAUUACUGAUAUGUCUUCUAGGAAUUAUUUGAAUGAUAAAGCUUUAACUGAAUACAAAAAUGACGAAACUUUGGGAAUCAAAAAUGAAAUCAUCAAAGAUCAAGAGACUUCCUCGGAAAAAGUUAUGAGCGAAAAUCUUCACAAGAAAUUUGAGUCAAUGUUGUGCUCUGCACAUUUAAGGAAAGAUGAUAUUUUGUCAGAUAACAAACCGCAGAGCCAAACGAAGCCCAAAAUUCAGGAAUCAAAACAGAAAUCGCAAAAGAAGCACACAUGUGAAAAGUGUGCGCGAAGUUAUUCGCAGAAACAUAAUUUGACUGCUCAUCAAAAAUACGAUUGUCACGUCACUCCACAGUUCAAAUGUAAAUUGUGUGACAAAAGAUUCAAACGGAAUCCUCACGUGCUGAGGCAUGUUGCUCGCGUGCACCUUAAAACGACCGUACAGAUAUCGAAAACCAGACAUAAUUGCGAUAAAUGUUCGCGAAGUUACAAUUGGGUUAAAGAUUUAAAUCGGCAUAAACGUUCAGUACACGAAGAAAUCGAACCAAAAGUAGUUUGUGACUAUUGUGGCCACAAAACUUACCGGAAAAAUCUCUUGGCAGAUCAUAUCACUUCAUUCCAUCUCAAGGAAUGCAGUACACGAAACUUUAAAAAUUAG